AGCGCAGCAUCAGUAAUCGGCAGGGAUAGACCGGAUGAACUUCAUUACUCCUGGGAAGUUGCACACCUGAAACCCAGCAAACUUAGACAAAACAAAAUUUAAAAAAUGAACGACGGCGAUCAGAAUAUAUACGAAAGUAUAGACGAAGGCAAUCUUUAUGCGACUCCUCAUAAAAAUGCCAGCAGUGAGACUGUAUCCCACUAUGAGAAGCAAGGCGCUAUAUACGAAGAGCCAAAUGUGGCGAAAGAAGCAGAGUUCGGUGAGAUAAAAUCGCACGAAUUAGAUGAAGGUGAUGAAAGGCGUGAAGACCGAGCAUCGCCCGAUUACAUCAACAUCCGACCGGAGAGCCAGAACGGCGAUUCGGAUUCGUCGGACUGCGGCGAGAGGAAAGCGGUCGAAUGUAAUAAAUUGUCAGGCUCAUCUGAGGACGAAGGUGUGCAGGAGUCGCCUCGUUCAGGGGCCGAAGCCAACGGGGUUAAGGGUGAGCCAUUUUCUUUGACAUCCUCCGAAGACGGGGAGCCGGUUCGGGGAGACCCCUAUGAUGACCCGAGUGAAGCUAUGGGUGAGGAAGAGGAGGAGGAGGAGGAGAGAGAGGUGGACAAGAUCGAUGAGGGGAUGCUGAUGGCAUAUAGCCUGGAGUCCACCAAAAUCUCCGAGCCCGAGGAGGUGGUCGAUUACAGCCUUCACACACCCAUCAACAACAAUGAAGAGAAGAUCGCCGAUCCAGAUCAACCCGAAGUGGUACUUUUCGUUAAGGCGGGGAGUGACGGCGAGAGCAUCGGGAACUGCCCCUUCUCACAGAGGAUCUUCAUGAUCCUCUGGCUGAAGGGGGUCGUCUUCAAUGUCACCACUGUUGACCUGAAGAGGAAGCCAGCUGACCUGCAUAACCUUGCCCCAGGAACCCACCCGCCUUUCCUCACCUUCAACGGCGAAGUCAAAACUGACGUAAACAAGAUCGAGGAGUUCCUGGAGGAGGUUCUGGCACCCCCAAAGUAUCCCAAACUGGCGUCAAAGCACCGGGAGUCCAACACGGCUGGAAACGACAUUUUUGCCAAGUUCUCAGCGUACAUUAAAAACACGAAACCAGAAGCUAAUGCAGGUCUUGAGAAGAGUCUAGUCAAGGCUCUUAAGAAACUGGAUGAUUACUUAAACACUCCGCUCCCGGACGAGAUCGACGCUGACAGCAUGGAAGACGAGAAGACGUCCAACCGCAAGUUCUUGGACGGAGACGAGCUGACUCUGGCUGACUGCAACCUCCUGCCAAAGCUGCACAUCGUCAAGGUUGUCGCAAAGAAAUACCGCAAUUAUGAGAUCCCGGAGGAGCUGACAGCGGUGUGGAGGUACCUGCAGAAUGCCUACAGCAGAGACGAGGUCACCAACACCUGCGCCGCUGACCGGGAGAUUGAGCUGGCAUACCUAGACGUGGCCAAGAGGCUCAAGUGAAAUGGUGAAAUGCAGAUACACAGUGAGAUGUAGAUACGCAGUGAGAUGCAGAUGUCCAGUGAGAUGUAGAUACGCAGUGAGAUGCAGAUAUCCAGUGAGAUGUAGAUACGCAGUGAGAUGUAGAUACGCAGUGAGAUGCAGAUACGCAGUGAGAUGCAGAUACGCAGUGAGAUGCAGAUACGCAGUGAGAUGCAGAUAUCCAGUGAGAUGCAUGCUAUUGCCAUUUUCGUCUGUCUCUCAGCCUCUCAGUCCAGCUCGCUGAGAUCAGUGGCCUCCUGGUCCAGUCUGGUUCAGCUACGUUUUCUGGCAAGAAAAGGUCGCUAUAUGAAACUUUAUCUUUGAAAAUAUGUUUGCCAUUAUGGUAGAACUGUGGCAGGUUAUUAGACCUAAAUUAACCAUGGAUUUGUGACUGUAAAUUAUGAAGUGUGAUGAAGUUUGAUUGUAGCUGCCGGUAUUAUCAUAUGUUGUCAUUGAUUUGAAUCUUGCUUUUGGAUGAAAUGCACUCUAUCAACACUAUAUUUAUAUAUGAAAGAAAUCUCUUAAAUUUUUUUUUUUUUGCAUAAAUGAAUUUAUUAUAAAUGUAAAAAAUUGUACUCUGUGUGAUAUUGUUCUAUAUAUUUUUGUGUUGUUCCGUAAAUAAUAUGCUAACUUUUCCUUUGGUGUGCACAUAAAAUCUGAUUGUGUCUUAAAAUACGAAAAAUCAUUGAAACAAUUUAAACAAACACUAUAAGCACUCAUUUGAACACAGUUAAUAUAGUUUAUAAUAAGUUAAUUUAAGGCCAGUUUUAUCGGGCAUGCAGUACACUUGUGAUGAUCAAAUGGUUACCAUGUGAUGUGCGUAUAAUGAUUAUUGGUAUAACUCAGCUGUAAUAAAACAGUAGGCAUUUGCCAAUGCAUGCCUACAAAAAAGCCUGUCCACAGAAAUGUGCUGAAAUCAAUGAAAUAAUCCUAUGUUUUAUACACACACACAUAAAUUAUUGUUCAUAAAUCGGUGUUUGAUGAAUGCAGAGAAAAAUCUUCGAGGAUAUUUAUGAUUUUUAAAUCACAAGAAAUCCCUGUCCUGUUCGGCAUCCAUUUCACUGUGUCAAAGGUUUGUCGAGCCUGCAGAAGCUAAAGGGAAAUGUUGGUAGCGCAUCAGGAGCUGCAGGUUCUCAAACCACGGGUCUGAUGCACUGUUCUGGAUCCCCAGCCAUGGCGAACCUGGAGCUGUGGUGGGGGAUUUCGGGAACCUGUGCGUCUUUGCCGGUGUUUGUUCUCUUUGAAAAAAGCUGCGAUCGCCAUGAUCAAGCAUGACGGCGUCCCCAGACUGCAGCACUGACUGUAGCAGCAACAGCAAUCAAGUGCAUUUUCACAAAGGCUGACUUGUGUUUAGUGUUUUCUCAAAUAAAAGAUGAAAAUCACCACAAA